AUGCGUUCUCUUGUUGUUUUGCGUCUGGCCUUGAGCCUAUUUGCUGCUAGAUCUGCUGUCGCAGGCCCAUGCAAACCAUCCUCAGUUACGACGACAUCCGAAGGCAUUCCGGCCGCAUCAACAGACACGUCAUCGGUCGUAUCAGCUACAUCAUCUACCGUAGAUUUUUCGGCCACUUCUGUUGGCACCGAAUCGUCUACAGAGACUUAUGUAUCUUCAUCCCUCGAGACGUCCUCUUUUGCAACAACGGAGACCUCGGCGACUACUACGUUUAUCACGGAGUUGAGUACGAUUGAGUCAACAACUGUGGAACCAACGACCACCGAAGGCACUACUACAGUACCCGCAACAACAGAGAGCAUGCCCACGCCCACUUUUACCAUAUUCGCCACGGGAGAAAGUGUCAUUGAAGGGGAUGCCCUUCAUACUUUUGACACCGACGGUUAUGUUGCCACAUUCGACCCCAAUGCCAUCUUUGGCGAAACUUCAGUGCGGCCAUAUUCCAUUGACUCGCAAGGAAGACUUGUCAACGACCAGGGCUAUUUCCUAUGCGCAACCUACGUUGCUACCAACAAAGAGCUCAACGCACCUGCGGUAGUCGGUACCUGCACUAGCGACGGGCCGAAGAAGGCUUUCUUGGACUGCACUCUGUCUCCAGACCUUGCUCUUCGAUGUGGAAUCCCGGGCCGAUCUUGUGUGUCUAAUCCGGUAGGCCAUGCUCUCAAGAUUGGACCGGCUGAUAUCCCUGUUACCCCUGUUGCUCAUGAACUUAUUGGAUUGCGUGCGUCCAUAGUAUAG